UUAUUGUCUACUUACUUUUUGCAGGCGGUGAAAAUCAACAAAUGGGAUGCCACUGCUGUCAAACAUGCUCUCGAUGAUGCUGUUAAAAAUGCCCUCUUCUCAACCCGUCCUCAAUUGAAGGAACAAUUCGGUUUAAUUAACACCCGCUUGGUAUUUUGCACCUUGGCUGUUGGUGUUGCUGUCUUGGCUCACUGCUGGGACUUUACACAUCCAUUCCCAGAAUCGAAACCCGUCUUGAUGCUAUGCGUUAUUGCUUAUUUUGCUCUGAUGGGUAUUCUUACAUUGCACACAACAUUCCGUGAAAAGGGCACCUUUGCCGUGGCCAUUGAAAAGCUAUCGAAUGGUUCGCAGCGAACAUGGGAAGCCAGUUCAGAUAUGCAAAAAUAUGAUGAUAAAUAUACGUUGGUGCUAUCCGUUAAAGAUUCGAAAUCGCUGAGAGAGGCGACCAGUGUUAAGUCGUGUGCAUUCUUCAUCGAUUCCAAUGGUUAUGUUGUCGACAAACAAGUGGCCAAUGAAGUUAAUCGUCUGUUUAAUUCGUUGUCCGAUGAAAGGAAAGACAAGUAGCUUGAUGGUG